AUGACUGAGAAAAGAGAGAAUAUGCUUAAUUUCAAGCAGAGUAAUUCCUUUUGGUAUAACCAAAUUAUAUGCUUUUAUCCAGUACACAGUUGACCGAAAUACUUAUUUCCUGAAGGGAGAAAAUCACCAUCCCCUAGCUUCUUGGAUGGAUCUUCAAGCCUUAAACAUGACGUCUCUAUCUCUCUACCUGCUGUAGGACUGUAUACAUGUAACAUUUAACCACCUUUUGAGUCCCAGCAUGAAUACUUAUAGUUCCCUUAAAGCCAUGUUGAAAUACGUCAUGUAUAGGAGCACAGAAAACCUACUGUGUUUGACUUAGACAAACGUUCACAUCUCUUAAAUAGAUAAGGGCCUAAUCUCCACGACAUUUGAUCAAUGGUUAAUCUGCUGGAGAAAUUCUAUUAAAGGGUUGAAGGCUCAUUAGCCAAUAGAUCUUAAUCCUAUUAGUGGUUUGGCAGAAGGAGAAGACACGAGGAGAGAUGAGAGGGGAGGAAAGGAGAGAAGAAGAGAGGAGAGAAGAAGAGAGGAGAGAAGGAGUAGAGGAGAAGAGGACAAGAAGAAGGGAGAGGACAGGAGAGAGAAGAGAGGAAAGAAUGAGGAGAAGAGGAGGAGAGGAGGCCUGAGCUGUGCUCCCCAGGGGAUCCUGCUGUUUUCUGUUUUGUCUGGGGGAAUGGAAUGGGAAGGUCACUGACAGUGCAGGGCCAUUUUCAUAAUGAGGAACUCUGAUAAUGCAUUACACAUGCACACAAUCAUAAAGAAGCCAUCAGUGCCUACACAGACACAUUUAAUCACUAAAACCUGGACCCUCAUAUUUAGCCCCCACCCCAUAAUCACUAGCGUCUCUCAUCUAAUUAAAUAUCUGUUUAAAUAUUAGGGCAUUUUCUCGUACGGUUCAGUUGAUUCAGAUGAUGUUUAAUUCAUUUACACCUCGUUCCUUUGUAAGAAAUGGGUGCUCCCGUCAUUGUUUGUAAAAACAAAUUGGUUUACAAUAGGCUAGUGAUGAGAAAAAGAAGAGAGGGAGAGAGAGAGAGAGAGAAAGAAAGAGGGUUAAAAUACUGUUUUGUGGAGAGCAGAAUCUGAGUCAAGGUUGAGGCAUGGUUCCUGUGCUCUUUACUGUCAAUGAGAUCUACAACAAGUAUGGAUUCACAAGCUUCCAAGGUCUUCCAAGGGUUUUUACACCCCUCUUCAGGGGAAAUUUGUUUUGUAUUAUAAUGAAACAAAAUCAAAUAAAUAUGUAAGAUUCAUUACAAUGAAUGUACCCAUCUCUCGCUGUGUUUUCUUGCCAGAUCAAUACAGCGUGCAUAUCCUAUCAAAUCCUGGACACGCUUUUGUAUCAAUUAUGGAUAAGUCAAUGUUGAAAAAGCCUAUCAGGCAAGAAUGAAGCUAAGUUCAAUAUGUGGUUCCUGCUGACAUCAUUCGGAACAAAAACAUAGGGAGAUCGAGGUCUUGUUCUUACAGGUCUUUCUCUCUCUCUCUCUCUCUCUCUCUCUCUCUCUCUCUCUUUCUCCUUCACUCUCUCUCAUUCUCAUUCUCACUCUCUCUCUCUCUCUCUCUCCUCUCUCCUCUCUCUCUCUCUCUCUCUCUCUCUCUCUCUCUCUCUCUCUCUCUCUCUCUCUCUCUCUCUCUCUCUCGCUCUCUCUCUCUCCUGAUAGACAUUGAUGAGUGUUCUGAUGGGUUCGUGGAGUGUAAUGACAAAGCCAUCUGUGUCAACCUGCCCGGCUGGUACCACUGCGAGUGUCGUGAUGGCUACCACGACAAUGGCUUGUUCUCUGCCAAUGGGGAGUCGUGCAUAGGUGAGUUGAUCCACCCCUUUUCUCUCAAUACUAAAAUAAUCUCUGUGGUUGUAGGCAAACUUCAUUCAGCUAGUCACAUGUUAACACCUAUUGAAAUCACAUGUAUAGAGUAUAUUAGCACACUAGUUUGUGUUUUUCCAUUAUUCUAGUGUAUUCUAACAUUGAUCAUAGCAGCACAUCUAACUAUUGCAGAGAUAGACAUUUCCUUGGCCUUCUUUUGACAAUUUGUUUGCUGUCUGGUGUGGGUAAUAGUAUGAUUGGACAAACAAUUACUGGUACACUUUCCUCCAAAUCCCUGUCUGCUUUUUACUGCUCAUUGAAUCUUUCUGAAACAUUCUCUAAAGCAACCUGUCAAGAGCUUGUCACAUGUCAAAAUGGAAGAAAACCCUCAAUCUAGCAGUGCGCCUCAGCAGUAACAGUGCUGCAGCUCUGUCUGUCUGUCUACUAUAUAGCCUCAUUUUACCUGUCAAGUCUACCUGAUCAACACAGCCCACUGGGCACAGACGUCAAUUCAACGUCUGUUGAUUCCAUGGAAACAACGUUGAUUCAACCAGUGUGUGGCCAGUGGAAGAGCACGUUAAAGGGGAAGUUUACCUAAAAUCCAAAAUGUUGUAAGUCCAUACAUUGAAACUAGUUAAGUGGAGCGAUUUUAUUUCGGGGGAGAAGUGAAGACAGUAGCCUAGCGUUACAAAUGAGUUAUAUGAAGUAAAACAGCAACCUACAAACAUAUAAUCACGAGUGAUGAAGAAAACUACUGGAGGGCCUCUGAUGCUUAUAAUCUGUAAUAAAUGUUUUAUGGCUAUUUAUUUAUUUUACCUUUAUUUAACUAGGCAAGUCAGUUAAGAACAAAUUCUUAUUUACAAUGACGGCCUACACCAGCCAAAACCGGACGACACUGGGCCAAUUGUGCGCCGCCCUAUGGACUCCCAAUCACAGCCGGUUGUGAUACAGCCUGGAAUCGAACCAGGGGGUCUGUAGUGACGCCUCAAGCACUGAGAUGCAGUGCCUUAGACCACUGCGCAACUCGGGACUAUGGGGCUAAAAGUAAUUAUAUUGUUAGGAUACUCAUGGCCACUAUUCUGUCUAUUCUUCGAUGUAAGAUGACGCAAUAAAAUAAAAUAAAAUUGUAUUUGUCACAUGCGCCGAAUACAUCAGGUAUAGCUUUUACCAUAAAAUGCUUACUUACGAGGCCUUUCCCAACAAUGCAGAGUUAAAAAGUAAGAAUGACUGUCUAUUACAAUGUAAGGUGACACAAUUACUGUCUAGCUCCUCAACAUAUGCUAACCGGUAGAGCGCUUAGGCUACAACACAAUAAGAUCAACUCGAAAUGCAAUGAUUAGACUACAUACCUUCGCACUCUCGCUUUGUCGCUGUCUCUUCUCAAAGGACGUGUGUGAAGCUAGCCACAAUAAGGAUUAGCCACAAUAGGGGAAUUUGCGGUUCACCUUUAAAAUAAAAGUCCUCCAUUGAAAGUGAUUAAAACAGAUACAAAUAGUGGAAUCAUGCCAUAUUUGGACUCGAUAAUGCUAAAUAAGGUGGGAAUGUUGUUGUUUAAAUUAAACAAAAGACAAUCAUUUAUUUAUUAUUGUGGCUAGCUUCACACAGGUGGCUGUAGGAGUGUUUACAUCAUAUUUCCUGUUUUUUAUCGCUACUAGCCAUCUUCUGCAUCUGUCUGUAUCUUUCAAUGGAAAGCAGUGAAAUGUUGUGCCUUCUUUCCUAGAUUUCCUAUAUAAUGUGCAGCCAGGGACAGAACACCAGCUUGCUCUUGAUGCCAUCUCUUCGGAUUUCCACUUUUCAGAACUACCUUUAGGCUACAUCUUUCAACUUUUGCACCUGCUCCUUCUCCCUCCCAUAAAAGUCACACGUGACAUCAAGCUCCAAAUAACGACAUAUACGUCAUAGAGUUGCCCCACGAGAGCUCACAUUCGCAGUUGUUUCCCACAUCUGCUGUUGUUGCAGUCGGCCACAUAAAAUAAUGAUAUAAAAUAAUCGCAAUCAUUUUAUGUGGAAAAGUACACAUUUCCUGACUCAAAACCAAUAGUACUUUUGAUAAAAGUAGUUCAUUUGGCCAUAUGCUUUCAAUAAAACAAAGAAUUUAUCCACAAUUUGCGGAUUUCUCAAUCGCUCUUUGACUGACAACAGAGACACGUCAUGAGUGCACAAAGUGCACAAAGACACGUCAUGAGUCACGUGACCCGUUUUUGCAGCUUUCCAGUUCUAGACUGUAGGAGAGAGGGGGAGAAGGCAAACUCCACCUAACUAGUUUCAAUUUAUGGAAUCACUUUGGCUAUUUUUUUAUUUUAGGUAAACUUUCCCUUUUAAGAGACUCUCAGAGAGCUCAACAUACUGUAAAGAACAAAGACAACUGCUCUGAGUUAUAAUUUGACCCCAAAAAACUAUAGUUUGGAUUCCUUUGUCUUUUUUAAGCAGUAAGAUGUGUGGAUUUAUGCAUAAACUACAGAAUUUGACCUGUGUUGAGCAUAUGCGUGAAGUCAUCUCUCUUGCUCCCUACAGAUAUCAACGAAUGCAAGAUGGGGAGGAACACCUGUGCCAAUGACACGGUGUGCUUCAACUUGGAGGGGGGCUAUGACUGCAGGUGCCCCCACGGGAGGAACUGCACCGGAGACUGUAUCCAUGACAACAAAGUCAAACACAACAGACAGAUCUGGGUGCUGGACAACGAUAGGUGCUCCGUCUGCUCCUGUCAGGUGAGACAAAGAGGAUGAUGGGUAUAAAACAAUCAAUGGUCAGAUUAGCGGUGUUCUUUUGGUUGCUGUAAAGCAAUAUGAUGAUUGGUUAUCAAUUCAGUUUGAUAUGUUUAACGCAGAGGUCUGAAAAUGUAAAUGCAUCUACCAGUUGUUUGGAAAACUUGGUUUUAAAUAAACAAAACAAAAAACAUAUUUUUCCUCAUGAUUCUACGGCUACAGUCUUGAAACAUUUAGUAAUUUAGCGUUUCAUUUUUGAUAGUGUCUGGCAAUGCUAGCAGGUGAUUAUAGAAGAUUAGUAAGGGUAUUGAACGAUCAAGCAUCACAAUAUUAAUUUGAUUACAGAGGAGGAGGGCAGAAAUGAAGCUUUAAUGAAACAAGUCAUUUUAAUUGAUUGGAGAAAUUGAGAACCUGCCUGUCAGAAUUAGCAGUAUUGAACGGCUGAGUGAACAGAGAGCGUAAACAUGUUGUUGUUUUGGAAUGGUCACGGUCAGCUAGUAGAGAGCAAUGGUAAUUUUGAGUGUGUGUAAUUAACCAAUAACCAAGGUCAACUAGCAAAUAUUGAAUGUGGGUUAUAGAGCUCAAGACAGUUACUUACAUACAGAACAGUACUUUGAGACUGUACUUGAGUCAAGUGUCGAUUGAUAGACCAUGCAUCUGCCCACCCCUCUGUGCAGACUGGCCAGGUGAUGUGCAGGAGAAUGGUGUGUGACUGUGAGAACCCCACAGCUGACCUGUUCUGCUGUCCAGAGUGUGACCCUCGCCUCAGCAGCCAGUGUCUGCACCAGAAUGGCCUGCUGACCUACGGCAGUGGAGACUCCUGGGUGGAGAACUGCCAGCAGUGCCAAUGUCUGGUAAGUACCAACAAUACACAGCCUAUAAAGAGAUAGGACACACUUACUGGACUCUUCUUUAGUGAUUAAUGUAUGGGAGAUACUGGACAUCAGCGUGGUGGCCAAGGGAAUAGUAAAGGUGUGUGUGUGCGUGCAUGUGCAGGUCUCUGUGUCCACACAGUGGGUGGCCUCUGAGAAGUGUUGUGGAUAAGCUUGUUAGCUUGUCCUGGCAAUAUAUAAAACAGAAUUAUGACAUGUCAAGAACGUUCUCUAUUGAAUCUUCCGUGAAGAAAUAUGCACUGUUUGCAUCGACUCUCUCCACUGUGCCGACCUUUUCCAAGGUUCCCGCAUCCCUGCUGUUCAAACAACAGGAAGGCUUUUUUACGAGGAUUUCACACUAAAUCUGACAGAACAUCACAAGCUACCGCCUCCGAUACGCCUUUCAGAUGCACUUUACAACCAGCUAUAUUUUUAUUAAAUGCAAAUGUCACGGUUGGCAUUCUACCUGGUCAUUCUGCUCCCGAAGAGAAGUAACACUUAGCUGCAUUUGUGUCACUAUGCCUUUGCGUCGAUCCACAAAUCAUCGUUCUGUCAGCGCUCUCUCUCUCUCUCCCGCCCGCCCGUCCCCUCUGAGUAGUGGCAUUACUCUUGGUUAUUUCUUCCCUCAGAUCAAACAGAAUGUUGUAGAACAGACACACAGACAGCCUUCCCACAUCACUCUCCUUCUGUGAUUAGCAUAUGAAUACAGGGACACCAAUGGCGCAUUUCCAUACAGGAAUUACCCCAGUGUUUUACCCAAAAGGCUCAGACUUUUCUGUUUCCAUCUACUGGGCCAUAGCUCCGGCAGACCUGCUCUCACUUGGGGCCAAAUCCACGCCACUGGUACUUUUCAGCUGGCAUUUACAUCACAAUGUCUAACUGUGAACUUUAACACCUUGUCACAAAUCAACUGUUUUGAUUAUACAGAGGUUGUUGAUUUUCCCCAUCACAAGUCCUCACUGUCAGCCCUAGCUAUGGAAACACAAUUUCCCUAGUAUAACAUAAGGGUGUAUACACUGGUGUCACAGUCGAAAAACAGCAUAAGUCAGAUCCAUAAGUAGAGUACCAGGCAGCAUAAUUGUGUUUCCUUCUCCCAUUGUGAUGCUGUCCUUAAGGGCCUUGGGUGGAUUACUUACAGCAGGCCAUUAUAGGGCUGAAAAAGUGUUGGAGAGGCAGGUAGAUGCAGGCUGCUCUCUCUCUCUCUCUCUCUCUCUCUCUCUCUCUCUCCCCGAGGCAGGCAUUCACGUAUGCACGCACCCACACACACGCGCACGCAUGCAUGCACUCACACACACAUUACGUUGCACACACACAGCCACCAGCCAGAAUGGUAUAAACAGCAGCACUUGAAAGAGAGGAGUGGAGGAGAAUGCUGCGUAGAGAUAAGCGUGGGAUCCAGUAGCAUGACAGGGACGUGAAAUGAACCUUGAAUGCCUCCACAGUUAGCAGAGCCAGAACCAUACGGGCUCCGCUCAGCAGGAAAACGAACAAGCUUAGAAUCUUAUACAAAGAUACAAACCAGCUUUUACCAAGUUCCAAACUGCCACUGGAAGUAAUGUCAGCACAAUAACUGUUAGUUGGGAGCUUCAUGAAAUGGGUUUCCAGGGCCGAGCAGCCGCACUCAAGCCUAAGAUCACCAUGCACAAUGCCAAGUGUCGGCUGGAGUGGUGUAAAGCUCGCCGCCAUUGGACUCUGGAGCAGUGGAAACACGUUCUCUGGAGUGAUGAAUCACGCUUCACCAUCUGGCAGUCCGACGUAAGAAUCUGGGUUUGGUGGAUGCCAGGAGAAUGCUACCUGCCCCAAUGUAUAGUGCCAACUGUAAAGUUUGGUGGAGGAUGAAUAAUAGUCUGGGGCUGUUUUUCAUGAUUCGGGCUAGGCCUCUUAGUUCCAGUGAAGCGAAAUCUUAACACUACAGCAUACAAUGACAUUCUAGACGAUUCUGUGCUUCCAACUUUGUGGCAACAGUUUGGGGAAGGCCCUUUCCUGUUUCAGCAUGACAAUGCCCUCGUGCACAAAGUGAGGUCCAUACAGAAAUGGUUUGCCGAGAUCGGUGUGGAAGAAAUUGACUGGCCUGCACAGAGCCCUGACCUCAACCCAUCGAACACCUUUGGGAUGAAUUGGAACGCCGACUGCGAGCCAGGCCUAAUUGCCCAACAUCAGUGCCCGACCUCACUAAUGCUCUUGUGGCUGAAUGGAAGCAAGUCCCCGCAGCAAUGUUCCAACAUCUAGUGGAAAGCCUUCCCAGAAGAGUGGAGGCUGUUAUAGCAGCAAAGGGGAGACCAACUCCAUAUUAAUGCCCAUGAUUUUGGAAUGAUAUGUUCGACGAGCAGGUAUCCACAUACUUUUGGUCAUGUAGUGCAUCUCUGACUUGCUACUAUAGGUAUAGAAUGCUAUGGGUAUAGGAUACUCUUUUAGCCAUAGAUCUGGAGGCAUGAAACAUGGUUGUUGUUGGCCACGCUGUUGUCUAGCCAAGGCAACUCUCUGGCAAGGCUCACUAAACCAAAUGUCACCAGUAAAUGUAAUUCUCACAGAUGUUUUUUUGACGGACUCUGUGAUGUGUACUGAGAUUCAUAAUACUGGUCUUGAACUAGAAAAGGAAAGAUUGAAGAAAUUAGUUUCUGAUCUAGAGAAAGUUUAAAAAAGAGAAAGAGAUUUCAGUGAGGUGAUUAAAUGACAUCCAUAUUGUGUAAUGGAAACCUAUAGUCUAAAGCUAUACCCACUGCUUCUGGCAAUGGGGAAAGAGUUCUGCUCCAGGGGAACCACACUUAAAAUGUUUACUCACUAAAUGAAGGCAGGGAGCACACAUUAGCACAUCAUGGGCCUGUAUUUUAUAGCCCCACUAAUUUACUACAAUAUCACUAAAAUGCAGAGCUAGCUGAUUUUCAGGGAUAUUAAAUAUCCCGAUGGUAGACUUACAGCAAGCUAAACUCAUAAGCAGUUUUGAGUUUCUGUGUGUUUGUGUGUGUUUGUGUGUGUGUGCGUGUGCGUGUGUUUUUCUUGUGUAUGCUGAUUUUCCAUUUUCCAAGGAGGUAUAAACCACUCACUUCAGGGAUGAAAAUGUUAGCAGAACUGGGUGAUGCGGAAUCAUAUCUUAGACAGGAUCUAGAAAGUUCACCAGCAUUAUGACCUGUAUUCACUGGCUUAUUGAAACGGCUGCUGGAGAAAUCCAAUAAGGCAGGGAUCUCCAGCUGGCGGCCCGGCCCGCAGGUGAUUUUAUUUGCCCCCCCCAAGUUUUCGGAGCAAAAAAACUAAUAAUAUUUGUAUUAUUAUUGUUGGACAUAAAAAACUGGAAAGCUCCAAGUGAUUUUAAUUUUGGAAAUCUGUUCCAAAGUGUUCUCACGCACAAUAUAGAGAUACACUACAUGACCAAAAGUAUGUGGACACUUGCUUGUCGAAUAUCUCAUUCCAAAAUCAUGGGCAUUAAUAUGGAGUUGGUCCCUUCUUUGCUGCUAUAACAGCCUCCACUCUUCUGGGAAGGCUUUCUACUAGCAGCAUUAGUGAGGUCUGGCACGGAUUAGGCCUCGCUCGCGGUCGGCGUUCCAAUUCAUCCCAAAGGUGUUCGAUGGGGUUAAGGUCAGGGCUCUGUGCAGGCUGGUCAAGUUCUUCCACACUGAUCUCGACAAACCAUUUAUGUAUGGACCUCACUUUGUGCACGAGGGCAUUGUCAUGCUGAAACAGGAAAGGGCCUUCCCCAAACUGUUGCCACAAAGUUGGAAGCAAAGAAUCGUCUAGAAUGUCAUUGUAUGCUGUAGUGUUAAGAUUUCGCUUCACUGGAACUAAGAGGCCUAGCCCGAAUCAUGAAAAACAGCCCCAGACUAUUAUUCAUCCUCCACCAAACUUUACAGUUGGCACUAUACAUUGGGGCAGGUAGCAUUCUCCUGGCAUCCACCAAACCCAGAUUCUUACGUCGGACUGCCAGAUGGUGAAGCGUGAUUCAUCACUCCAGAGAACGUGUUUCCACUGCUCCAGAGUCCAAUGGCGGCGAGCUUUACACCACUCCAGCCGACACUUGGCAUUAUGCAUGGUGAUCUUAGGCUUGAGUGCGGCUGCUCGGCCAUACAAACCCAUUUCAUGAAGCUCCCAAAGAACAGUUCUUGUGCUGAUGUUGCUUCCAGAGGCAGUUUGGAACUCUGUAGUGAGAGUUGCAACCGAAGACAAACUAUUUUGCGCUCCCUUUCUGUGAGCUUGUGUGGCCUACCACUUCGCAGCUGAGCCGUUGUUGCUCCUAGACAUUUCCACUUCACAAUAACAGCACUUACAAUUGACUGGGGCAGCUCUAGCAUGGCAGAAAUUUGACUAACUAACUUGCUGGAAAGGUGACAUCCUAUGACGAUGUCACAUUGAAAGUCACUGAGCUCUUCAGUAAGGCCAUUCUACUGCCAAUGUUUGUCUAUGGAGAUUACAUGGCUGUGUGCUCGAUUUUAUACACCUGUCAACAACGGGUGUGGCUGAAAUAGCCAAAUCCACUAAUUUGAAGGGAUGUCCACAUACCUUUGUAUAUACAGUCGUGGUCAAAAGUUUUGAGAAUGACACAAAUACUAAUUUUCACAAAGUCUGCUGUCUCAGUUUUGAUGAUGGCAAUUUGCAUAUACUCCAGAAAGUCAUGAAAAGUGAUCAGAUGCCAUCAUGUCAGUGAUUCUCUCGUUAACACAGGUGAAAGUGUUGACGAGGACAAGGCUGGAGAUCACUCUGUCAUGCUGAUUGAGUUAGAAUAACAGACUGGAAGCUUUAAAAGGAGGGUGGUGCUUGAAAUCAUUGUUCUUCCUCUGUUAACCAUGGUUACCUGCAAGGAAACACGUGCCGUCAUCAUUGCUUUGCACAAAAAGGGCUUCACAGGCAAGGAUAUUGCUGCUAGUAAGAUUGCACCUAAAUAAAUAAAAAAUCGGAUCAUCAAGAACUUCGAGGAGAGAGGUUCAAUUGUUGUGAAGAAGGCGUCAGGGCGCCCAAGAAAGUCCAGCAAGCGCCAGGACCGUCUCCUAAAGUUGAUUCAGUUGCGGGAUCAGGGCACCACCAGUGCAGAGCUUGCUCAGGAAUGGCAGCAGGCAGGUGUGAGUGCAUCUGCACGCACAGUGAGGCGAAGACUUUUGGAGGAUGGCCUGGUGUCACGAAGGGCAGCAAAGAAGCAACUUCUCUCCAGGAAAAACAUCAGGGACAGACUGAUAUUCUGCAAAAGGUACACGGAUUGGACUGCUGAGGACUGGGGUAAAGUCAUUUUCUCUGAUGAAUCCCCUUUCCGAUUGUUUGGGUAAUCAGGAAAACACCUUGUCCGGAGAAGACGCUACUCCAUCGGGAGACUAGAAAGUUGGAACAUUUCUUUCUUCUACUACUACUCAUACUGCUACUUCUAUGCAAUGACAAUUCCUUAGUCCUAUAGAUAAAAAUGUUGUCCUCCUAUUGUAUAUCUCUAUCUUUACAUUAUCAUUUCUUGACGCAUUUCUUGAUCAAAGUAUUUGAUCCCCUGCUGAUUUUGUACGUUUGCCCACUGACAAAGAAAUGAUCAGCCUAUAAUUUUAAUGGUAGGUUUAUUUGAACAGUGAGAGACAGAAUAACAACAAAAAAAUCCAUGUUAUAAAUUGAUUUGCAUUUUAAUGAGGGAAAUAAGUAUUUGACCCCUUCUCAAUCAGAAAGAUUUCUGGCUCCCAGGUGUCUUUUAUACAGGUAACGAGCAAUCAAUCAAUCAGAUUCCAAACUCUCCACCAUGGCCAAGACCAAAGAGCUCUCCAAGGCUGUCAAGGACAAGAUUGUAGACCUACACAAGGCUGGAAUGGGCUACAAGACCAUCGCCAAGCAGCUUGGUGAGAAGGUGACAACAGUUGGUACGAUUAUUCGCAAAUGGAAGAAACCCUCGGCCUGGAGCUCCAUGCAAGAUCUCACCUCGUGGAGUUGCAAUGAUCAUGAGAACGGUGAGCAAUCAGCCCAGAACUACACGGGAGGAUAUUAUCAAUGAUCUCAAGGCAGCUGGGACCAUAGUCACCAAGAAAACAAUUGGUAACACACUACGCCGUGAAGGACUGAAAUCCUGCAGCGCCCGCAAGGUCCCCCUGCUCAAGAAAGCACAUAUACAGGCCCGUCUGAAGUUUGCCAAUGAACUUCUGAAUGAUUCAGAGGAGAACUGGGUGAAAGUGUUGUGGUCAGAUGAGACCAAAAUGGAGCUCUUUGGCAUCAACUCAACUCGCCUUGUUUGGAGGAGGAGGAAUGCUGCCUAUGACACCAAGAACACCAUCCCCACCGUCAAACUGAGUGUGGUCUAAGGCACUGCAUCGCAGUGCUAACUGUGCCACUAGAGAUCCUGGUUCGAAUCCAGGCUCUGUCGCAGCCGGCCGCGACCGGGAGUCUCAUGGGCGGCGCACAAUUGGCCCAGGGUCGUCCAGGGUAGGGGAGGGAAUGGCCGGCAGGGAUGUAGCUCAGUUGAUAGAGCAUGGCGUUUGCAACGCCAGGGUUGUGGGUUCGAUUCCCACCGGGGGCCAUUAUAAAAAUAAAAAUAAAAAUGUUUUCACUAACUGUAAGACGCUCUGGAUAAGAGCGUCUGCUAAAUGACUAAAAUGUCAAAUGUAAAUGUCAAACAUGGAGGUGGAAACGUUAUGCUUUGGGGGUGUUUUUCUGCUAAGGGGACAGGACAACUUCACCGCAUCAAAGGGACGAUGGACGGGGCCAUGUACCGUCAAAUUUUGGGUGAGAACCUCCUUCCCUCAGCCAGGGCAUUGAAAAUUGGUCGUGGAUGGGUAUUCUGCAUGACAAUGACCCAAAACACAUGGCCAAUGCAAACACAUGGCCAGUCUCCAGACCUUAAUCCCAUAGAAAAUCUGUGGAGGGAGCUGAAGGUUCGAGUUGCCAAACGUCAGCCUCAAAACCUUAAUGACUUGGAGAAGAUCUGCAAAGGGGAGUGGAACAAAAUCCCUCCUGAGAUGUGUGCAAACCUGGUGAGCAACUACAAGAAACGUCUGACAUCUGUGAUUGCCAACAAGGGUUUUGCCACCAAGUCAUGUUUUGCAGAGGGGUCAAAUACUUAUUUCCCUCAUUAAAAUGGAAAUCAAUUUAUAACAUGUGUUUUUCUGGAUUUUUUUGUUGUUAUUCUGUCUCUCACUGUUCAAAUAAACCUACCAUUAAAAUUAUAGACUGAUCAUGUCUUUGUCAGUGGGCAAACGUACAAAAUCAGCAGGGGAUCAAAUACUUUUUUCCCUCACUGUAAGUAUACUGAAAUAUUUGACAAGGGACACGAACUAUUCAAUUGUAGGGAUAAUUGACUGUAUAUAAUAUUGUCUAUCCCUGUCCCAGUGAUAUGACUCCAGUCUAUCUGUCUGUCUCUCCCACAGCAGGGUCAGGUGGACUGCUGGCCCCUGUCGUGCCCGCCAGUGGACUGUGAGUUCACGGUGGUGCCCGAAGGCGAGUGCUGUGCCCGCUGCAUCAUCGACCCCUGCCAGGCCGACACCAUCCGCAACGACAUCACCAAGACGUGCACGGACGAGCACGGCAUCCAGCGCUUCAGCGGCUCCUCCUGGAUCAAACACGGCACUGAGUGCACCCUCUGUCAGUGCAAGGUAACAGCCAUGGAUAAUAAUUAUAUCUAUGUAGACUUAAGCCAACUAUCCUCCAUGUUGGUACCAAACUCUCCAUGAGUAUCGAAAUUCUAAAUGUCAGACCAAGUCUGCCUUUCAGUGAGAAAAAUAGAAAUAGCUCAUUCUGAAGUAGAGAAAAUUCAAAGAGAAGAACUGUAUUAUGGUUGAAUUCUAACAGUGACUCACUCUAAAGUCUCUCUCGUCCCCCUCUUUCAGAAUGGACAUAUCUGUUGCUCAGUGGACCCCAUGUGCCUUUAGUUCCUGA